AUGAAUAAUAAAUAGAGAUAUUAAAAUUGGAAAAAAGCAAGAUCUGAUAAAAGAGAUUAAAAAUAAUAAUAAGGUUAAUAAUAAUAAAUAAAAUUACAUUAAUUACAAUAAUUAAAUAAUCAAUAGAAUAACAGUAAAGAUGAAAGUAAAGAUGAAGAUUAAUAAUAAUAAUAAUAAAUACAUAAGAUAGAAGAGAGAUUGAAUGAUAUAAAAUUAUUAUGA